CAGGGAGAAACUGAAAGUGGAAUUGUCAACUGGACUUCUCAGUCAUUCAGGCAUGAGAAUAUAAGAAUAUGAAAACAGUAAGAAUGGAGAUUCGAAACACACACACAAAAGACAUUUUGAAUGAAAAAAAAUAUGGUAACAGUCUGAUGGGUUACUGGAUCAGAGAAAGGGCAGAGCUAAGUCCGAGAUGACAGGUACUUCAAGUCUGAGUGACAGAGAGAAUGAUGGUGGGUUUGAUACAAUGAAGCUGAGAGGGAAACCUCUAGGAGGGUGUCAGGGGAGAAGUUCAGAAGGGUUCGGAACUUGAAGAAAUAAGAUUUCCAAGUACUAUUGUCUGUUUAUUGGCAGAGACACAGAUCUGGAACUUAAAGGAGAAGCUGGUGCUGAUGGUUCUGCUUUUUUGUGUUUUGUUUAGUUUUUUUCUUAAACCUUUCAGCAAAAGCAUUUAUGGAAAUUAUGAGAAAGUUUCCAGAACUCACUAAGGCCAGUUACGUUUAGAGAGAAAUGUUCAAGUCCACAAAGCAUCGAUGUUGACAGCUUUCGGACACUGUGCCUUAAGGAAUCUCAAGCUAUGAUUGUGCUGGUUUAAAAAUGGCUCUACAUCACGCGUUCAUCCAGAGUUUGCACUGCUUGACCAGCCCAUGCUGACUACAUAGGAAUACUGAGCAAACAGAUACAGAAGACAACAAAGUACCUCUCACCUGUAAAGAUAAAGAUCAAUAGAUUUCUCUGGACAUGACCAUGCUGAACAUUUCACUGUAGAGGAGUUGUUGUCUCUAUCUAGGGACAGCAAACUACAGCAAAUAAGCAUCAGGGACACGUUUAUCCAAAUUGGGUUGCCACCUACUUGACCCACCCAGGUGGAUCCACAUCUACCCAUCAUAUAAAAACCAUCACAAGCUUCAAUCCAGUUGCUUUUCUCCAAGGAAGAACCUCUAUGGAGCACACUUAACUGAAUUACAUUCAGGUCAUAGAACUAAGAUCCAUUGCCUGCACCUAUAUCUUCUUCUGGAUUGUUUAUUCAUCCUUCAGGACUCAGCUUCCCUGAUGCCCUAGACAAGACACAUUUCAGUUGGUCUGAUAUAGGUCUCAAUAUACCAACCCAAAGAAAUUUCCAUUGAUAAAUGCUGUUUGUAUAGUAUCCAGAAGACAGUUGCAUGAUCUAAGAUGGCGGAGUAGCAACGCGAAGCAUUUUGCACAGAGUCUCUGGGGCGACUUGUGUUCGAGUUUCAACAGCAGCCACGAUCACUGCACGGAGAGAGGCCAGGGCAGUGGGCCAAGAUGCCGAACAUCAAAAUCUUUAGUGGAAGCUCCCACCAGGACUUGUCCCAGAAAAUUGCCGAGCGCCUGGGCCUGGAGCUAGGCAAGGUGGUGACAAAGAAAUUCAGCAAUCAGGAGACCUGUGUGGAAAUUGGUGAGAGUGUACGAGGAGAAGAUGUCUAUAUUGUACAGAGUGGUUGUGGCGAAAUCAACGACAAUCUAAUGGAACUUUUGAUCAUGAUUAAUGCCUGUAAGAUUGCUUCUGCCCGCCAAGUUACUGCAGUCAUUCCAUGCUUCCCUUAUGCCCGGCAAGAUAAGAAGGAUAAGAGCCGGGCUCCCAUCACAGCCAAGCUUGUUGCAAACAUGCUAUCAGUAGCAGGUGCAGAUCAUAUUAUCACCAUGGACCUGCAUGCUUCUCAAAUUCAGGGCUUUUUUGACAUCCCAGUGGACAAUUUGUAUGCAGAGCCAGCUGUCCUGAAGUGGAUACGGGAGAACAUCUCUGAGUGGAGGAACUGUACUAUUGUCUCACCCGAUGCUGGUGGGGCUAAGAGAGUGACCUCCAUUGCAGACCGGUUGAAUGUGGACUUUGCCUUGAUUCACAAAGAACGGAAGAAGGCCAAUGAAGUGGACCGCAUGGUGCUGGUGGGAAAUGUCAAGGACCGGGUGGCCAUCCUGGUGGAUGACAUGGCCGACACUUGUGGCACAAUCUGCCACGCGGCUGACAAACUUCUCUCAGCUGGAGCUACGAAAGUUUAUGCUAUCUUGACUCACGGAAUCUUUUCUGGCCCAGCCAUUUCUCGCAUUAACAAUGCAUGCUUUGAAGCAGUAGUAGUUACCAACACCAUACCUCAGGAGGACAAGAUGAAGCAUUGCUCCAAAAUACAGGUGACUGACAUCUCCAUGAUCCUCGCAGAAGCCAUCAGGAGAACUCACAAUGGAGAAUCGGUUUCUUACCUGUUCAGCCAUGUCCCUUUAUAAUAGAAUUAACCGAAGCUUUUUAAAAAUAAACUGAACCCCAUCCCUGUUUUCCCUUGAUAUUUGAUGAACUAUUGAGCAAAAGACCCAGCUUGCUCCAGUGUAGUUUACUAAGUCCCACAUCAGGUAUAAUAAAUAGUGUUUCUCCUGAUUUAGGGGAAGACAGGUUGAGAUUAAUUGUUGACAUCUCCUACCGCAUUGUCUCAUUCUGGCUACUUCAAUUUUGUGAGUCUUGCAGCUUUACAGUGUAGCUAUUGUAAGAUUUCAAACUGGAGGGUGUUGUAUAGGGGUAUUUGAAUUUGAUUAGGGUACUUAGACUACUUUGCAUGUGAAUGCUUCAGGGUUUUCCUUGGUUCAGAACUGCUAGCAACAAAGCCAGCCCAGUCCCUUACUCCCACCCCUGUUUACCUCUCCCCACCCCCUUAUUUGAUAAGCUCUGUAAGUUCUAUGUUAUAUUACCGCAGGAGCCCUGGUUGCCAAGCCCCUUAAGACAGGAGCUGGCAGCUUUCAGCUCCAGCAGCCCUCGGGCAGAAGCCUGAGUAGAUGCAGCACACAGUACAGCAAAUGUUUCUUGGGAGGAAAAUGCCUGAUCCAUCACCCUGUGCUUAGGAACUGUUACUUGGAUUCUCCUUUGUAUCUGUUCCUUUCCACUUUGGCUUGACUUACAGCCAUCUCGUCCUUUUCCUGGCCAAAUAUCCUCUUGGGCCCAAGUGAUCAUUGCUCCCAUAGUCUUCUGGAAAUCAAACUCACUUCCUGCUCUGUAAUCUCUAACAUUUACAUGAAAUGACUUCACUCUGUAGCUUAAUCUUCCUUAGCCUGCUACCACUAUGGUAGUAGGUUUUCGGUGGUGGUGUAGUGCCUUUUGAUUAAUUUAAAUAUUUAAUUUUCAUCGUUAAAUAUUUAAUUUUCAUCCUUGGAUCUAUUUGGCCUCUCCUAUGACCUGAGAUUUCUGUUAAAAAGAUGUUACUGUCUCUUGUAAUAGACAAUACUAAUAAAGUGUCUGUCUGUUGUGUGUGAAAAAAAAAAUAAAUAAAGUGCAUGA